AUGAAUGUGAAAGGUAUUACUGUUUUACCUCUUGUUUUCUCCACGUUUCCAGAAACCCUCGAAAAUUUUCCUAGUCUAAGGCCACCUAAACCUGCUCAUAUCAACUCCAUCCACGAUCUUUUCGAAUAUAUUAAUGACGAGAUUUCACCUCGUAUUAUUAUUCCGGAAAAACCAUUGAAUAAUCCCAACCUCUUCCUUCUUGACCCAAACGUUGGCGGUGGUAUCAGAUUUUUGUUCGACUGUAUGAAGCUAGCUUGUUAA